AUGCAAACAUAUAAUGAAUCAGAAAAUAUAAUGUUGCAAAUGGAAUUAAAUAAAAGGCAACUCAAAGAAAUGAGAGAAAAACUAAUCUUGCAAUUUAAAAUUUUGCACCAGCAAUUGCUAAUUAAUAUAAAUUAUUGCGCAAAUAUAAGUUUUGUUGAAUACAAUAAUACUUCAGAAAACACAGUUAUCCAAUUAUGUAAACAAUUUUUGCAAGCAUCAUUAUGUCCAGUUAUGAAAGACAUAGGUAUAAUAGAUUUAAGAUUACAUAAAGUAACAAAAGUAAGCAAUAAAGAAAUUGAUAUAUUAAAUAUUUACAAAAACAAAAAUUUAUUAUCAAAAUGCGACUGCAUGAUUUUAAAAAUUUUAGCUCAUCCUGGAGUAACAGAUAUUCAGCAAUGGCCCUUUAAUUUUUUUCAAACUGACUUAUUUACUGAAGAAGAAAUGACAGUAACUAAUUGCUUGGCAGCAGCAGAUUGUGAUUGGUUAAAUAAAGUUUUCUCGAUAAAGAAAGAUAAAAAUAUCUUAAAUCUUUGUAAUACUUGCGAAAAAAUACGUGUUUGUGUACUUAUACAAACACCAAUUUUCAAUUCAACUGAAAAAAUAGAUAAUGUUCAUGACUGCUUACACAUCAAAUAUACAAAUUAUGAAAAUAAUUCAAAUGAAGUAUGUCAAAUAUUUAAGUUGGCAAAGGAAAACAUAAAAAAUCCUAUGUUCGUAAUAGAGUAUGAAUAUAUAUUGCAUGAAUUAACAAAAAAAGAAGAAUAUAAAAAUAGCAUAAUUGCGUGCACUAUAAAUGAUAUAAUAUUUACAUGUUUAUCCAGUUCUAAUAUUGAACGAUGUAUUAGUUAUGAUAGAAAAGUGGAAGUACAUAAUCUUGUAAAAAUAUGUGUUUCUAAACAAAAUAUAAAUUCAAUUGAUAUUGAUUUAGAUUUGCCUAAUUUAAGAGAAUUUGACAUUUCUUAUAAUCAAUUGGAUGAGUUUCCAAAUUCAAGGUUUAUGAAAAAUAUACAAAUACUAAAUAUAAGUUUUAAUAAUAUAAAAUUAUUACACGUUGAAGAAACUUUACCUAUGUUAAAAGAACUGGACAUAUCAUGGAACUUAUUAAUGCAUUGCCUUCAAUGCAUUAG